UCGAGGGACAGAGUAAAGGGAGUUGUUCUAGUCAUUCUAUGAUUGGGGAAGGCUAAGACCUUGUCAGGGAGGCGGGAGUCUCAGCUGCUCCCCAGGCUGAGCCUGGAGGAAAGACCAUGAGCUCAGAUGUUUUGGAGAGAACAACCUGGACCACGUAGCAAGACACCUCCCACCCCCCACCCAAAAAACAAUGGAUACGAUCUGAGACACUUGAGUCCAGAUGCUGGCUUGCUAAUACUGCCCACAUGGCAUCCCACUUUGAGGUCGGGGAUGGUUGUGGAGUUGCUUGUGGACCCGCACUUUUCCUGCCCUAGGGCUGAUCAGGAGUGAAGUGCUGUAUCUAGCUCCGGCUCACCAGGAUUCUGAGGCCUUGCCAUGGAAAAGAAUGAUGCAAUCAACUUCAAGGCUUUGGAGAAAGAGCUGCAGGCUGCACUUGCUGCUGAUGAGAAGUACAAAAGGGAGAAUGAUGCCAAGUUACGGGCAGUUGAACAAAGAGUGCCUUCCUAUGAGGAGUUCAGAGGUAUUGUCCUUGCAUCACACCUGAAACCUCUGGAACAGAAGGACAAGAUGGGAGGAAAAAGAAGUGUGCCCUGGAAUAGUCACACUACUAGGGAAAGGACUUUUGAGGAUGUGGCCACUGAAAUACCCCAGGAGAAAUCACCCUUCCUGCCUGCGACCUCUGCAGAGUUUUACCGUGAUUGGCGGAGACACUUAAGAAGUGGGUCAGAGCGCUACCAAGCCCUGCUUCAACUUGGGGGUCCCAAGCUGGGCCACCUCUUCCAGAUGGAUGUGGGCUUUGGACUUCUUGGGGAGCUGCUAGUGGCACUGGCUGAGCAUGUGAGGCUAAGUGACCGGGAGGCAGUGCUAGGGAUUCUGCACAGCUUGGCUAACACUGGGCGAUUCACCUUGAACCUGAGCCUGCUGAGCCAUGCAGAGCGAGAGAGCUGUCAGCUCUUGUUUCAGAAGUUGCAGGCUAUGGGCACCACCAGACCCAUGCAGGGGGCACUCAGCAUGGAGGAGCCAUUUGCUGGGCUACAGGGAGAGGAGGGGCUCCUACAGGAGCUACUAGGUCUGUAUGGGGUCCAAUGAUAGGACUGGCUGCCCUCAGCAUUCCCAAGCGGUCUCAGAAAGCAUUUUUUUUUUUAAAAAAAAAAAAGACUUGUUUAAUGUGUCUAAGUGUUUUGCCUACAUGUAUGUAUGUCCACCAUGUGUGUACCCAGUGCCUGAGGAGGCCAGAGAGAGUGUUGGCAUCUCUGGAAGUGUAGUUACAGAUGGUUGUAAGCUGCCAUAAUAGUGCUGGAGUCAAACCUACCCCAGGCCUCUGGAAGAGCAACCAGUUCUCUUAACCAUUGAGCCAUCCCGCCAGCCCCCUUGGAACGAAUUUUGUGGGGUUAUCUUGGGGUGUCUGCAGAAGUAUUGAAAGAACUAUGGUGAGGAACCCACACCCACUUCCCUUUUCAUAGUGGGCUUGCCCACUUCUCCAACCCAUAACUUCAUCUUGUGUUUCCCCAGGGUAGCCAAGGGCCCACCUGGUUGAGAGUGUUUUGCUACCUGCCUUUCGAGUUUGCCAUGUCCCUAGCCUUGAGAGGUAGGUGUGCUUACAACUAAAUUCUGGCCACACAGAGUUUCCUCCUGUGUGUGGGGAGGGGGGGGAGGGCAAACUCACUGACCUCUAGCGAAAGACAAGCACUGAUCAUAACUCUUAACCAGAAUAUUUAUAACCCAAAGCCAGUGAGUGAACAGCCAAUCAAUAACAAGGAAAGGUCCUUCAUUUGAGAUGCAGAAUGUUCCCCCAGAGACCUAGUUCUUUCACAGGUUGAGCCUGGGAAAUCCCCAGUCCAUUGGCCCAGGUCUGGCCAGCAUCCCGGAUGACCAGCUGUGCAAGAGAGGUUGCUGUUAUCUCUCAGAAUAAUAAAAGGAUGUUCUCCUGGGCAGGCAGGGCCAAGGGUACUUACAGCUCAUUCUAGUUUCCCUUGACCCAUUCUUAGUUGAGUGUCAGUGUUCUAGAAAGGUGAGAGACUGCUAGGUUCUAGAAUGACUCCCCACCCCACUCUUGAGAUCUGUCCUGGUGUGUUAGAACGGCAUCUUGUACAUCAGCUGGGAAUAAAUUGCCUUGCACCUGGCUGUCUCCUC